AGUACUGAAGUCAGUAGCCUUACACAUAUAUCAGUGACUAAAGUUUCUGCUAGUAAAGUCUCAAGUCCACUUGGAAAGAGCUUAAGUCCAGUUACUGUUGGCAGAAGUUCUAGUCCAGUGCCCGCUGCCAGGAGCUUCAGUCCGGUAGUGGUUUCCAAGAGCCCUAGUCCUGUUACUGUUUCUUUAAACCCAAGUCCCAUUCUUAGAGCCAAGAGUCCUAGCCCAAUUCCUGAAAGCUACAGGCCAGUUACCAUAAAUCAUAGUCCAGAAGCAUCUGCAAAGCCUGCUAGUCCAGCCACAGUUCCAAGGCUUUCAAGUCCCGUUCCAAAAAGUGCAAGUCCACUGACAGUCCCCAAUAUCUCUAGUCCAGUAACUGUCUCAAAGAGUGCUAGUCCAGAAACAGUUCCCAAGAGUGCCUGUCCAGUUUCAAUUCCAAGACUUUCAAGUCCAGUUCCAAAGAUUGCAAGUCCUGUGACAAUCCCUCAUAUCUCUAGUUCAACAAGUGUGCCCAAGAGUUCUAGUCCUGAAACACUGCCAAAGAAUACUUGCCCAGUAAUACUCCCACGGCUUUCUAGUCCAGUAACAGUUCCAAAGAGUGAAACUGCAGUUCCUAAGAGUCCUGCUUCAGCCAUCAGAAAAACUUACACAGUUCCAGGCACCAGCAGUCCCAGAGCUUCACCUGUUCCACUUGCCACUGUGCCAUCAAAUAGCCUGCCUUCCCCUCCUAGAGAAAAGCAGGGAGGUGAAAUACUGGAUUUAACAUGGCCAUGUCGCGAGCCUUUAUUGGAUGAUGCUUUAGACAAACUCUUAGCCCCCGACUCCACCCAACUGAGUGAGAACCGGCCACCUGCCUCCGUUGUGCCUGGAGAUGAAGACGGAUCUUGGGAGGAGGAAGACGGAAUUUACCCUGAUCUCAGCCAAGAGGGAACCCUGACACCCAUGACUGAGUCCAGCUGGAUGGAUGAGUGUUUCACCCCGUCCACCUGCCCCGGGACACCAGAUGCAAUGCUGGAACUGCCCACACAGCAGCACUCCGCUGUCGAGCGACUAUCUGCUUCUGGCCAACUCAAGUCGGUUAUCCGCCGCACCAAAGACACCUCCAAUGUGCAUCCAAUGUACAGGGAGGGAAUGUUGCGACGUAAAAUGGGACCGAUCAUUGUGAAUAAGAGCAACUCGCAAGACCGACUCAUUGAGGAGCUACAGGGGAAACUGGGAAUUGGGCGAGUGGAGCGCAGGCGUAAACAACAGCCAGAUGAUUGGAUGACAGAGGGAGUCAUCGUCAUGUCCAACCCACAGCGAACACGGGAAGAAGGGGCUCAUCCAUCUGUGGAUAAGGUAGACAUUAAAGGCGCACAGGAGGAAUCAGUGCUAUUCUGGGACCACGUUAAACCAAGACUUGGAAAUUAUAUGUUCCUCUGAUGGUUUAGCUUAUGUUUGUUUGGCCUAUGGUCAAGAAAUUAACUGGCAAAUGUUAAAUAUAUAUAAUGUUUCAUCGCAUUGCCAGAAAGAUUGUUUUUGUCUUUGGCAGUCACUUUAAACAGUUCAGUUUGUCGUGCCAAUUUUGUUUCUGUUACCAUUUCCUUUUCUUUAUUCUGACCUUUGUUUUUGUAUGUUAUCUGUUUGCUCUCCUCUCUUUGUUGUUUCCUUUUUCCUUCUUUCCCCCAGAUCGUCAUCCCUCCAGAAUCACCUGCCCCUCAGAGAAAAGUCCUCCCCCCUCCGCAAUCUCCCCAGCACCCAAAAAGCCACCCCCAGUCAAGCAGACUCCUCCGCCACUACCUCCUCCCCCCCUCCGACCCCUCCCCUCCUCGAGAACCUACCCCUCCUCCCCCAAGGAGCCUACUCCUCCCCCAGGAGCCCACGCCUCCCCUGUCCAGCCCCCUCCAUCACCUAGCCCCCCUCUCAAGCCCAUCACGCCACCUCCGCCUCCCAAGGUCUUUGUUUCAGUGGGUUGUCAGACCGAGUACGACCCCAUCUUCCCACCAAUGCAGAUCCAGUCCCAGGGAAAGACUUCUCCCACUGGUCCCCCCAAACCAGCCAACAAGCUAGACAACAUGCUGGGAAGCCUGCAGUCCGACCUCAACAGACUUGGAGUCCAGACGGUGGCUAAAGGUGUCUGUGGAGCCUGCAAGAAACCCAUUGUUGGGCAGGUAGUGACUGCCAUGGGCAGAACGUGGCACCCCGAGCACUUUGUGUGCACCCACUGUCAGGAGGAGAUAGGCUCCAGGAACUUCUUUGAGCGGGAUGGACAGCCUUACUGUGAGAAAGACUACCACAGCCUGUUCUCACCGCGAUGCCACUACUGUAAUGGACCCAUACUGGAUAGAGUGGUGACUGCUCUGGACAAGACUUGGCAUCCAGAGCACUUCUUCUGUGCCCAGUGUGGAGCCUUUUUCGGACCAGAAGGUUUCCAUGAGAAGGAUGGAAAGGCGUUCUGCAGAAAGGACUACUUUGACAUGUUUGCCCCUAAAUGUGGUGGUUGUGCCCGUGCCAUCCUGGAGAACUACAUCUCUGCUCUCAACUCACUCUGGCACCCUGAAUGCUUUGUCUGCAGGGAGUGCUUCACGCCAUUCAUAAACGGCAGCUUCUUUGACCACGAGGGCCAGCCGUACUGUGAGUCGCACUACCACGAGCGCCGCGGCUCGCUGUGCUCUGGCUGCCAGAAGCCCAUCACCGGCCGUUGCAUCACGGCCAUGGGCAAGAAGUUCCACCCAGAGCACUUUGUGUGCGCCUUCUGCCUCAAGCAGCUUAACAAAGGCACCUUCAAGGAGCAGAAUGACAAGCCCUACUGCCAAGGCUGCUUUGUUAAACUCUUCAGUUAGACUUUGUGUUUGUGUAUAAAUGUGGGUGCACACACGUCUACACAUUGAUUUACAUGCCGGAAUGCACGUGUGGAUGUGUGUGCACUCAAACGUCUAGCAUGAGUCGGUGAAGUGGUUUCUGAGACUGAGGGUGUUGAUGCGCUGGUGGAUCACAUCAUAAGGGGGAGAAAUGUCUCUGACUAUUGACCCUUGACACUGAAGGGACUUCCCUGGCUGGCUGUCCAACCUCUCAGGCUUGACAUUUCACACUUUUGCUAGACGUUUUUUAACAGAGCCCAAAGAGAUUUUUAUUUAGCGUUUUAUUCCUGUGUGCAGCAAAGAAAAUACGUUAAUUUCCCCUUGUGCGUCUGUACAUAUACAAGCAUAUGAGGGUCAAAUUAAGACUUCCUCAGAGCCCUGAUUUGUAAAUGAUUUUAUUCCCCCAUUGCAGGGCAAGACCUUGCACCAUAUGAUGGUUUUACGCAGAUAUGAGACAGCUGCUUGAUUGCAUGGACCAUGGAGAGUUGACUUAAGCAGUUUUAAAAGCAGUUUAAAAAUAUGUAGAGUGUUGAAUACCCAGUGCUUGACCUAUGAGUGUUGGAAUAAUCUAUGAAAGAGAUGUAUUUUUCUAGCUUUGGAAAAUAUUGAGGUGCCAUUUAAAAUAACCAUGAAAACAUAUGUACAUGCACACAGACACACACUGAACUUCUCCUUUCUACUUCUUUACCAUACCAGUUCAAACUCUUUGCACGCUCCAACCACAGAUCUCUUGAUGAGACCGUCUUAAGGUGCGUUUUACAGGUGUCGGCAAGAUAUUAGCUAGCCCUUAUUUUUCUACUGUUUUACUAUGAAAAUGAACCCAGAUGCUUUCUCAGUUUCAGCACACCACACAUUCAUUCGUGCCCUUGUAACUGAGUUAUUUCCCAUUGGAAGUGAAAACAAUGAGAAAGUAACCAUAUUGAACUUUUGUCCCUGUAGCAACUUGGAACUUUACUUUCCUACUGCAAAGUGUGUGUUGUGUCGUUUACAUUAAUAAUGUUAAAAUAAAAUUAAACGGUUGCAACGCAUGAUGACAAAAGGUAGGUCAAUAAGGAUAAUAUAUUUACUAUGGUUAUUACUGUUGAACUUGUGGUGCAAUUUAAAACAAGCCAAAACAAAGUUGAUUGUCUUUACUCCUGUUUAAAAGUGGAGAUUUUACUGCUGUAUGUACCCACACAGAUAUCACACAGAAUAAAUUUAGAAGAAUUCAGUUCAGAAUAAAUGAUGCUUCAGUUCAACAUUUCUUCCAUAUUUUACUAUGAAUUUACCACUGUAUUAAAUCUAAUUAAGAUUCAAGAUUUAAAAUAUGGUUGCGCAUUUGGAUUAGAAGCACGCUUUUUUUUAUGUGGUGUUUCAUCAGCACUAGCUGCCAGUUGCGGUUACAAUCACAAUCUAAAUUUAUAUACCUGUACACCGUGCUUAACUUUGAGACAGAACUGUGUUUUGUCACUGUUUUGAUGAAACUAUAGAUAUUUUUAAGCUGUUUGGGCUCACACUGAUAUGCAAAGAGCUGGCUCUAUUGGCAUGUAGGCUAACAAUAGUUUACCCUGUUCUAACACACAACACCUACCAGCUUGGAUUCCAGUGUGUCAGACUUCCAAGGAAACACAGUCCUUAUUUUUGUUAUGAGUCAUCCACUUUGAUCCUGCUGUCUGAUAUCAGCACUUGGUUCACUGAUGGAAGCUGGAUGUUAGUGUUAGCUGGUCAGGAAUCAGAAAACGACACAGAGCCAGGGCCAAGCCUUUAGCAAAAUCUAUGUAAUGACUCAUUUCUUCUUUAUUUUACUUGUAGCUGUUUUGCCACAUAUGAGACAAUGUGUGAUUUCUUUUGUUUGUUGUUGUUGACAAUAUUGCUUGUCUUUAAUUUUGAUCACUAGGUGUGCAAGGAGUGAAUACACAGUAUCCACAUUCAGAUUGUUUUUACUUUGAGAUGUUUGCUCUUGUGCCAAAUGUGUCAAUGCAAUAAGGUCUUAUACACUGUGGAGUUCCCAACCUUUCCUGUGAUUUGACUCUUUAUGGGCUGAACUCUGGGAGAGGCCUCAUCUGCUGUUGUGCAUCUUAACUCCGAACACCCAAAAGUUUACACUGUAAUAGACAAGCCAAGGAGAACCCUUCUGUACUGAGUCAUUCAGCAGACAGUAUGGCGUACACUUGUAGCUGAUUCAGAUUUACAGGAAGUAGCAGGGGGGAAAUGAACAGGAAUUGUGGGUUAAUUUUGCCCCAUGUGUAUUUAUCUGCUUAAAGUAUAUUGCCUUAUAGUUUUUGCUUCUGUCAAAGAAUUCAUGAAAAAAAAAUCAAAGCCUUUUACUGUUAAUGAGAUUAAGUGAACCUUGCUUUGUAAAUGGAGACAUUCAUGUGAUCUUUUACCAUUUGAAUUUUCUCAUGAGCCCCAAAUUUUACUGGCUCUUUGUGUGGGUGGGGUGUAAGCUUAUGUGGGUCCUGAUUACUGACUGAUUAUUAUAACUGCUGCAAAUAAAAUACGUACUUUA